GGCCAUGUGUUCGUUUUUAGUAUUAAAGGCGCCAAUCCACCACAUUAUGUAAGAAUUUAUUCCAUCACAUCACAUUCCCACUCUACAUAUAGUAAGUAUCCAAAACCACCAUUCAUUCAAUUCACAUAUACCCCCACCAUGCGCUUCUCCGUAGUACUCACCGCUUCCCUCCUUGUACUCUCCCUCCUCCGCCUCUCGGCCGCCGCAUGCCACCGCGACGACGAAUCCGGGCUCCUCGGGUUCAAGUCGGGCAUAACCGCGGACCCGUCCGGCAUGCUCACCUCGUGGAAAAAGGGCACCGACUGCUGCAAGUGGUUCGGCAUCACCUGUGAAACGCAAACGGGUAACCGGGUCAGGUCUCUAACUCUGGUGGGCCGACCCGGCAACCUCACCACCAGUUUAUCCGGCACAGUCUCCCCUUCUCUCUCCAAACUCCAAUUCUUGGACAGCAUCUAUCUCCAAGAUCUCAACAACCUCUCCGGCCCCUUUCCAAAUCUCAUAUUCAGCCUCCCAAAAAUCGACAUCAUCUACAUCGAAAACAAUAAAUUUUCCGGCCCGAUUCCGCCCCGAGUCGGCGAACUCACCCAACUCAUCGCAUUCAGCCUCGAAGGAAACCGUUUCUCCGGCCCGAUUCCGAGUUCCAUUGCCAAUCUAGGUCAGUUAAUUCAGCUGAAACUCGGCGGCAACCUCCUCACCGGCGCCAUCCCCACCGCCCUCCAGAGGCUAAGCAACCUCACGCUCCUCGACUUGGCCCGGAACCACCUCUCCGGCCCGAUUCCAGAUAUAUUUCCGGGCCUGACUAAUCUCAUAAGCCUAAGCUUCUCUCACAAUAAUUUGACCGGGAAAAUUCCCGCGAGCAUUUCAAUUUUAGCGCCAAAGCUUAGGUUCCUUGAGCUGGGCCACAAUUCCCUAACCGGAGCAAUCCCGGGCUUUUUUGGGAAUUUUCGGGCUCUGGACACGUUGGAUCUUUCUUGGAACAAAUUAUCCGGGCCCGUCCCCAAAUCUUUCGCGAAUCUCACCAAAAUUUUCAAUCUCGAUCUCUCCCAUAAUAAUUUAGUCGAUCCAUUCCCAGUAAUGAACGUGAAAGGUAUCGAAUCCUUAGAUUUAUCCCACAACAGCUUCAACUUGGGGUCGAUUCCGAAAUGGGUGGCUUCAUCUCCGAUUAUUUACUCUCUGAAGCUGGCGAAAUGCGGGCUGAAGAUGAAGCUGGAAGAUUUCCGGCCCGUGGAGACUUACUUCUACGACUACAUCGAUCUAUCCGACAACGAGAUCACGGGGAGCCCGGUGCAGCUGCUGAAUCGGACGGAUUAUUUAGUGGGAUUCUAUGCUUCCGGUAAUAAGCUGAAGUUCGAUUUGGGGAGUUUGAGGUUCGUGGAGAGGUUGAGGUUUCUGGACUUGUCGAGGAAUAUGGUUUUCGGGAAGGUGCCUAAGGCUGUUUCGGGGCUGUCGGAAUUGAAUGUGAGCCAUAAUCACUUGUGCGGCGCUCUGCCGCCGAACAAGUUUCCGGCCACUUCCUUCGCCGGGAAUGACUGCCUCUGCGGCUCUCCGUUGCCGCCGUGCAAACCUUGAAAAUGUGUAGUGACACGAUAUAUAUUUUUUGGUUUCAAUAAAAGGAUAAUGCUGCAGACUGCAGUGCCCUUCCCCUA